AGUACCAGACAAGACAAGAUACGAACUAGGUUAGUCCGAGACACAUGAACGAAUAAUGUCGGAUACGGAUGGCAAAUCUACCCUUAGCGAUGCCCAGCGAGCAAAGAUUGAGAAGAACAGGCAGAGGGCGCUGUUACUACGCCAAGCAAGGCUGUCCAGUAGGCCUUACCCCCAGACAAAACCAACAGAUAGGGCCGAGAAAGUAACCUCCUUAGGUCGAGUGAUUGAUACAGGGGCAGGAUUCCUGUUGGAGGACGAACCAGAAGAAGAGCAAUCAGGCCAGGCUAAGAUCGUCCAUGAGCCGGGUCCCCUCCUGGGUGGCGCACCAUUAACAUGUGUGGAAUGCACAAAGGGCUUUCAAGACUCGUACAUCUAUGCACAUUUUGAAUAUGAAGUGUGCGACGAGUGCAAAGACACUGAAGACAAGCACUCUCUCAUUGCCAAGACCGAUGCCAAACAGUUGUAUCUGCUGAAAGAUGCUGAUCUUGACAGAAGAGAACCUGCUCUGAAAUUUAUUGUCAGGAAGAACCCACACAACCCAAGAUGGGGAGAAAUGAAGCUGUAUUUAGCUUUACAGGUUGAGAAACGGGCCCUUGAGAUCUGGGGAAGUUCAGAGAAGAUAGAAGAAGCAAGGGAAGAACGGGAGGCAAACAAGGAAAAGGCCAAACAAAAGAAAUUUGACAAGAAAGUCCAGAACUUAAGGCGAGCUGUGCGUUCCAGCCUCUGGACAAAGGACACCCAAAGUCAUACGCACACUUACGGACCAGAGGCUUAUGAUGAAGACAGUGACAUGUAUUCCAAGACUUGUACAUCAUGUAAGCAUACAUUGUCGUAUGAAAAAAUGUGAAUGUCGAGAAGUGACUUUGGACUCUGGAGGUCAAAAUGCUAUAACCGAAAAAAACUCUGAUGAAGUUAACAGGGAAUGUGCAAUUGUGAAUCUGAUGUGGAAGGACGUUGCACUGCUUGAAAUACUGCGGUUCAUCUCCCAAGCAGUUGCUCUUCUGCUGA